CCGGAAUGGCCCGAGGAAAGGCCGUGAAGGGCAGGGCCCCAGAUGGUUCCUGUCAGGGAAGUGGGGGGCACAGCUGCAGGCCUCCGGCCCGGCAUUAUCACGGGGACACAGCUGGCUGCCUCACCCGCAGGCUGCAGGGAGACCUUCCCCAGCCUGCAGCCCCAGGCCCGCCCCGUAUCACAUGAGCCUCACGGCUCCGACCCCCUCCCCAGGGCUGAGGACACCCAGUCGGCGGCCAGGAGGGCCUGGGCUUUCCAGGGGCAGAGGCCCAACUCCAGGACACCCCAGCCCCUCCUGUUUCCCUCAAGGCUGCAGGAGGUCGGGAAGAGCCUUUCCGGAAGAGGCCUGUCCUGGGCCCCAGGUUGGCCCCUGAGGGUGGCCCUCCUCAUGCCGGCUUCGAGACUGAGGGACAGGGCAGCUGGUUCAGCCUCGGGAUCCACCUGUGGCUCCAUGUCCCAGCCGCACCCUGUGCUGGAGAGCGGCCUCCUGGCAUCUGCUGCCUGCUCAGCACCCCGGGGUCCCAGGAAGGGCGGCCCAGCCCCUGUGGACAGGAAGGCUAAGGCCUCAGCGAUGCCGGACUCCCCAGCGGAGGUGAAGACACAGCCCCGGUCCACACCCCCCAGCAUGCCGCCCCCACCGCCUGCCGCGUCCCAGGGGGCCACACGCCCCCCCUCCUUCACGCCACACACACAUCGAGAGGACGGGCCUGCGACGCUGCCCCACGGCCGUUUUCAUGGCUGCUUAAAAUGGUCUAUGGUCUGUCUCUUGAUGAACGGCAGCAGCCACUCGCCGACAGCCAUCAGCGGCGCACCGUCCACACCCAACGGCUUCAGCAAUGGCCCGGCCACCUCGUCCACGGCCUCCCUGUCCACACAGCACCUGCCCCCAGCCUGUGGGGCCCGGCAACUCAGCAAGCUCAAGCGCUUCCUCACUGCCCUGCAGCAGUUUGGCAGCGACAUCUCCCCAGAGAUUGGGGAGCGCGUGCGCACGCUGGUGCUGGGCCUGGUGAACUCGACGCUGACGAUCGAGGAGUUUCAUUCCAAGCUUCAGGAGGCCACCAACUUCCCUCUGCGGCCGUUUGUCAUUCCCUUCCUGAAGGCAAACCUGCCCUUGCUACAGCGGGAGCUCCUGCACUGUGCACGCCUGGCCAAGCAGACGCCUGCCCAGUACCUGGCCCAGCAUGAGCAGCUCCUGCUGGACGCCAGCGCCUCCUCCCCCAUCGACUCCUCAGAGCUGCUGCUGGAAGUCAACGAGAACGGCAAGAGGAGGACGCCCGACAGGACCAAAGAGAACGGGUUGGACCGUGACCCGCUGCACCCUGAGCACCUCAGCAAACGGCCAUGCACCCUGAACCCUGCCCAGCGCUACAGCCCCAGCAACGGGCCCCCGCAGCCCACGCCACUGCACUACCGCCUGGAGGACAUCGCCAUGGCCCACCACUUCCGAGACGCCUACCGCCAUGCGGACCCCCGGGAGCUGCGAGAGCGCCAUCGGCCACUUGUGGUGCCUGGGUCCCGGCAGGAAGAAGUGAUCGACCACAAGCUCACAGAGCGUGAGUGGGCAGAAGAGUGGAAGCACCUCAACAACCUCCUGAACUGCAUCAUGGACAUGGUGGAGAAGACCCGGCGCUCGCUCACGGUGCUGCGCAGGUGCCAGGAGGCCGACCGCGAGGAGCUCAACCACUGGGCACGGCGCUGCAGCGACACGGAGGACACGAAGAAGGGCCCCAGUCCCGCCACGGCCCGGCCCCGCAGCAGCUCCGCUGGCCCUGAAGGGUGUCAGCUAGACGUGCCCCGGGAGUUCCUGCCAAGGACCCUCACCGGCUACAUGCCCGAGGACAUCUGGAGGAAGGCUGAAGAGGCCGUGAACGAGGUGAAGCGGCAGGCCAUGUCAGAGCUGCAAAAAGCCGUGUCAGACGCGGAGCGCAAAGCGCACGAGCUCAUCACGACGGAGCGUGCCAAGAUGGAGCGGGCCCUGGCCGAGGCGAAGCGGCAGGCCUCCGAGGACGCCCUGACGGUCGUCAACCAGCAGGAGGACUCCAGCGAGAGCUGCUGGAACUGCGGACGGAAAGCCAGUGAGACGUGCAGCGGCUGCAAUGCGGCACGCUACUGCGGGUCCUUCUGCCAGCAUCGGGACUGGGAGAAGCACCACCACGUGUGUGGCCAGAGCCUGCAGGGCCCUGCGGCCGUGGUGGCCGACCCGGUGCCUGGACCGCCCGAAGCCGCCCACGGCCUGGGCCCCUCCCUGCCUGUGGGUGCUGCCAGCCCCAGCGAAGCCGGCUCUGCGGGGCCUUCUCGCCCCGGCUCCCCCAGCCCGCCUGGCCCGCUGGAUGCCGUGCCCCGCUGACCCCACCAGACCCCGGCCUGCUGGACACAGCACCGUGCCGACCCCACCCAGCUCCGGGCCCGCCAAAUGCUGUGGCCCCUGAUGCCCGGCCGGCCAGACGCUGCGCCCGCCUGGCCUGGGGAAGCCGACCAAUUAGAGUCACUGCUGCUACUGCCCCUCUCCAAAAGAAGACACAGAACCAACAAAACCGCAUUCAAUGCACCUGCCUCAGCUACCUAAUGAUUCUGCACGGAGACCUCUUGACAACCUCUCUUCAAGCAUCCUCAGAAGCCUCAGUGAGCUUUAGACAGCGGAGCGGAUGCCGUGGGCGCGGCAGCUCUGCCCGCCUCUCUCUCUUUUCCUCUCUGUCUGUCUGUCCCCCUCUGUCUUCUCUAUCCUCUCUCUCUAUGACUAGCACACACUUUCUCUUCAAUGAAAAAAUCUAAUUGGUGGCUUAUAUUUUCAGCAAAGAAUUUUGGGGGGUUUUGUUUGUUGGCAAAAGAGUUACUCAGAAAUGGACAAAGAAAACUCUGGGGGUUCUCCCCCUCCUGAUUAACGAGGGAGAAAGAAAACUGUGAUUUUAUAGCCGGAGAUCUGAACCCAGCUGUGCCCCUCCCCCAGGGGCGUGAGGCUGAUUGGCAAAGACGGGAGGAAAGAUUUCAAUUUCUGACUCAAGAAGCAUUUUUGGUUUCAGAUUUUUUUUUUUCCUGUAAUGUUAAACUCUUUGGCUUUAAGUAAAAAUCCAAAAAGUUUUUUUACAAAAGCAAAGGAAGCAUACUUGUGAACUACCUUGCUAGCUAGCCAGCCAAGGAUACCGGACACACCUCUGCUCCAAAGGAAAUCCAAAAAAGCAAACACAAGAAAUCAAAGUCCAAAAUUUGUCACUGCCAAAGUAUGUUUUUCACUGUUUUCCUUGCUCUUGGGUUUGUCUGUGGGUGUCGGGAUAUUGGGGUGCAGAGGGUUGGUGCCCAGUGAGAAGCGACUUUUGUUCCCUUCCGCGUAGGCGUCGGUGCGUCCGCCGCGUGUGCGCGGUCUGUGUGCCGUCGCCGCAGCCUGCGUCUCCACGUGUGUAGGGAAGGACACGCCGUCUGUCCUCACGCCCCUGUGACGUUUCAUAUUUCCUUUUUCCACUUGUGGAAAAAAAGUGCUAAAAUUGUCUUCCCAGAGAGAGCAUAAUUCCGAAACAAAACUGUGACAAUCUUUUGGGUUGAUUCUCGACUGCUUUUCAAGCACGCGGAGCCAGCAGGGCUCCCUGAAACAUGGCUUCUCAGCCAGCCCGUCCUCCUCUACCUCUCUCCUCUCCGCACCUCCAACCUCUCCCGGCCCCAUCGCCCCCACCCCAGCGUCUCACUGCAGCUACUCCCCUGUCUUCCAAACUUUUGCAGAAAAACAAAACAAAAAAACUACAAACAAAAGCAGCCCUCUGCUUCCUCCCCAGGAAGGACCCUGACCAUGUACAUAGCCCUGGUGCUCCUGCCCUGCCACCCCUCAGAUGCGUUUGCCUCUGGCCCUGGGGUGUGUCUCGGUGACAUUUUCUAUCAGACAUGCUCCCUCCCACCUUCCAGCCCUGCCCAUCCUCCCUCCACUCCUCUCAACUCCCUCCGCUAUUUCAAGAAGGAAAUAAAGGGAUAAAGAAA